UAAGUGUUCUCUUUAUUUCGUGCGUCCCACUUCCCGCGCCCGGAUACUUCGCCGGCCCGUUGCCGAGCCGGGCCUUUCACUGCUCGAGUCGUAAUUACAUCCGUACGGCGUCCGCUCGUGUUUUUUUUGAUGUUCUUGCUACGACCGCCCGUCGCCCUCCUCCUCUCUCUCAAAUGCUCUCCUUCUCCUCCUCCUCCUCCACCACUCCCCUCCUCCUCCUCCUCCUCCAUCCUCUCCCUCCCUUUCCUCUACCCCAAAACCCUAAACCCUAAUCCCCUCCCCCUCCUCCUCCUCUCCUGCUCCUGCUCCUGCUCCUCCUCCUCCUCCGCUUCCCCCCGCCGCCGCCGCCGCCGCUCCGCCGCCGAUUCCGCCAUGUCCUCCUCCUCCUCCGGGAAGCGCAGCGUCGCCGACGUCCUCAUGGGGGCCGCGCGCGCCGCCGCGGAGAAGAAGGCCAAGAAGAGCUCCCAACCCCGGCCUCAGCCGCAGGAGCCCUCUCCCUACUCCCCUAAGAAGCCCAAAACCCUAGUACCGCAACCCGACGAUGGGAAGGAUCAGAAGGCGCCGGAGGAGAGGAACCCGAUCGUCGAGCUCAAGAAGAAGGGCCAGGAUUUCGAUCCCAAGGCCGCCGCUUCGUGGAAGCCCGGGGACCCCGUCCCCUUCCUCUUCCUCGCCCGCGCCCUUGAGCUGAUCUCGAAUGAGUCGGGCCGGAUCGCCAUUACGGAGAUCCUCUCUAAUGUGUUCCGGACGGUCAUGGCUACCACGCCCGGGGAUCUUCUUCCGACGGUGUACCUCUCCGCCAAUAGAAUUGCGCCGCCACACGAGGGCAUUGAGCUCGGUAUCGGGGACGCGUCGCUGAUCAAGGCGCUUGCGGAGGCUUAUGGUAGGAAGGAGGAGCAGGUCAAGAAGCAGCAUAAGGAAUUGGGUGACUUAGGGCUGGUUGCGAAGGAAAGCCGCUCAUCUCAGAAAGUGAUGUUCAAACCGAAACCCUUGACGAUUUCUAAAGUGUUGGAUAUAUUCCGUGCAAUCGCAAAGGAAAGUGGGAAGGACAGUCAAGACAAGAAAAGAAACCAUAUAAAAGGACUUCUUGUUGCAGCAACUGAUUGUGAGCCUCAGUACCUCAUUCGUCUUCUCCAGUCAAAAAUGCGGAUUGGUUUGGCAGAGAAAACCGUCUUGGUAGCCCUUGGACAGGCUGCUGUCUAUUCUGAUGCAUGCCCUGCUCCACCAGUAAAAAUUCAAUCUCCUCUAGAAGUGGCUGCAAAAAUAAUCAAACAAGUAUAUUCAGUUCUUCCCGACUAUGAUAAAAUUGUCCCUGCUCUUCUUCAAGAGGGUGUGUGGAAACUGCCAGAGGUAUGCAAUUUUUCUUUGGGUGUGCCAGUUGGACCUAUGCUGGCAAAACCAACAAAAGCUGUGUCAGAGAUCCUUGAUAAGUUCCAGGGUUUGGAGUUCACUUGUGAGUAUAAGUAUGAUGGUGAGCGUGCUCAGAUACAUUAUAUGGAAGAUGGAUCUGUUGAGAUCUACAGUCGAAACGCUGAAAGAAAUACUGGAAAAUACCCAGAUGUUGUCAAUGCAGUGUCAAGAUUCAAGAAGGCUACUGUGAAAUCGUUUGUGUUGGAUUGUGAGAUUGUUGCUUUUGAUCGUGAGAAGAAGAAAAUUUUACCGUUUCAGGUUCUUAGUACACGAGCUCGCAAGGGAGUUGUCAUAAGUGACAUAAAAGUUGCAGUCUGUACCUUUGGCUUUGACAUUUUAUACAUUAAUGGCCAACCACUUCUCCAAGAGCAACUCAAAGUUCGUCGGGAGCAUCUUUAUAACUCUUUUGAGGAGGUACCAGGAGUUUUUCAAUUUGCAACUGCUAUAACCUCAAAUGACCUUGAGGAAAUACAGAAGUUUCUUGAGACAGCUGUAAACUCCAGUUGUGAAGGAUUAAUUAUCAAGACACUGGAUAGAGAUGCUACGUACGAGCCAUCAAAGCGAUCCAAUAACUGGUUGAAGUUGAAGAAAGACUACAUGGACAGCAUUGGCGACUCACUAGAUUUGGUUCCUAUUGCUGCAUUUCAUGGCCGGGGAAAACGGACAGGUGUCUAUGGUUCCUUUCUCCUUGCUUGCUAUGAUGAACACAAUGAAGAAUAUCAAACAAUUUGUAAUAUAGGUACUGGAUUUUCCGAAGCGCAGCUUGAAGAGCGUUCUGCAAGUCUUCGGAGCAAAGUGAUCUCAAAGCCAAAGCCAUACUACAGAUAUGCUGAUACAAUGAAUCCAGAUGUAUGGUUUGAGCCAGCGGAGGUUUGGGAAGUGAAAGCUGCAGAUUUAAGCAUUAGUCCGGUUCACCGUGCUGCUAAUGGCACUGUAGACGCAAAUAAGGGUAUUUCUCUUCGAUUUCCCCGGUUAAUACGUGUGCGAGAUGAUAAAUCUCCAGAACAAGCCACAACAUCUGAUCAGGUUGCUGACAUGUAUCGUGCUCAAAAGAUUAACCAUGCUAACAAUCAAGAGGAAGACGACGAUGACUGAUAUAUUGCAGAGUUUACUGUUAUUUGAACAGUAAUGUUCAUUGAGGUUAUGUUCCUGGGCACGCUGAACCUCCCAUGGUUAUUUCACCCGCUGUAUGCAAGAAAAAACCUGCUCUCAGUAGCAGAUUAAAAUCAGACCGGUCAGACCUGUAAGCAGGUGAAUUUACUCCCUUUGCCAGUCCCGUUAGCUUCUGGAACAUACAAAUCGAUGACACAGUGGGAAAUUAGAUUGAAAGCUUCUGAUGUGUCGUAGUUUGCCGUAUAUCUUUACGGCUCAGAUAAUUAAGCAUUCAAGAGUGCCUGUAGCUAUUUAAAGCCUUGUUGCUUUUCUUUGAUGAGAGUAAUGUGAAUGCAGGGUACUUAAUUACUUUGCUGAUUCGUAAUACCUAGUCGUGCCUUCUAGGUCUAACAAUUUGCUAGGCUUCAUCCUCUUUAGCCAAGAAGCCUUUUUUGUUCACUCCGGUGAGGAUACUGUUUGUAGUCUCCGAGAAGGAUAUUAUGCCUUAUUAUCGUGGAGCAGGAUUGUGCUUCACUUCGGCACUGUAUGUUGGUAUGUUCGAUAUCUCCUGUAUCUUGUGUGUCACUCUUUAGAAAAACCAAAUUUCAAUUCCAUAUCUUAUAUGGCGAAAAAGGCUCAAUAAGCAGUUUUGUUAAA